AUGCGGCGCCGUCUCGAGGAGGCCGCGUCUGCCCGGGCGGCCGAAGCGCAACGGGAUGUUGUCGCUGAAAAGCCUAAGACUCUCGCGGCGCGGCGCGAGAACGCGGAAUUGGUGCGCGCACAGAGCGAGGCUUGCGAGCGCAGGGUGGCGGAGCUCCGCCGCGAGCAGCAGGCGCUCGAGAUCCUAGAGGCCCAAGGACGGCAGCUCGUGAUCGAUGCCAACGUCGUGCGGGGAGAGCGGGAGAGGAUCUUCCGGCGUGCGGACGAGCGGGCUCGCCAGCGCCGCGCGGAGAGGGAGGCGGCCGAGCGCCGGGUCUGGGAGGUCCGCGGCGAGGGCCACGCGACUGCUGUGCGGGCCGAGUCCGUCCUCCGUGAGGAGGGGCGUUCUAUGCGGCCGGUGUCGCAGCUGAAAGACCCGCAGGAGGCGCGGCGUAUUGUAGACAAGCUGGAGGCCCGGAAAGCUAAGGACGUCGCAGUGCUGCAGCGUGUCUCCGCGGAGGACGUGGCAAAGGUUACCGAGGUCGCUAUCUCGGUUCCGACGUGCGGUUCCCGAUGCAUUCCCCGUCGCUGGUCCUGCUGCUGCUGGUGCCGCCGACACGGCGGAAGCGUCCGAUCCCCUGUCUGCCGAAAUGCAGGAGGCCGUGCGCUUGUCCAAGGAGGCCCGGAUGCUGGUGGUAGCGGACCCGACGCAGUCCUUCGAGCAGGCUAUAGCAUCGCUCAUGGCUGCCCGGACUCUCGUGGGGCAGGGUGGCAAGCGCAAGGCUUGGGACUCCGAGUCCGGGGACGGUCGUGCUCACGGAGGUGGCGAAAAUCGCGGGGGUCCUGGACACCAACGCGGUCAGGGUCGCGGCCGCACCCAAGGACGGGGAGGGCCGUUCCGCGGAGGUGGUUCCGACUCCAGCGGGAGCCAGUCCGGCCGUGGUUCGGGCCAUUCGUGGAAAAAGCGCGGCGGUGGACGUCCUUGACAGGGUCGUUUUUGACAGGAGUGGGAGCCGACCGCGCCCCCUCGGCGGAAGGAACGACAGGUGUGACAGGCUCGCGUUUGACCAGCGUGGGUUUGGGUUCAGGUUUUACGGUAGGAUUGGACCGAAGUUUGACAGCCUCUGACCCACUUCCAAGAGCAACCGGAAAGGACGUUUCGAUAGCCUCUGGCACCACCGCGGGAGAAUCCCCUUCCGGUCUACACGACAGGACCGGCACCUCGGAGCCAUCCUCACUAUCACAACCAUCCUCUGCACCGUACCUGUCAAGGACGUCCACCGCCGCGCUUUUUCCACGAAUGGCCCGAACCACGGCCGGACUGGCUCCCGCUGGAGUCGGAACCACCUCCGCGGAACGGCCCUCCCCGUCCUUGGGUGCGGCCGCGACCCUGACCGCGUUGGUGUCCAGGACCCCCGCGAUUUUCGCCACCUCCGUGAGCACGACCGUCCCCGGACUCGGAGUCCCAAGCCUUGCGCUUGCCACCCUGCCCCACGAGAGUCCGGGCAGCCAUGAGCGAUGCUAUAGCCUGCUCGAAGGACUGCGUCGGGUCCGCUACCACCAGCAUCCGGGCCUCCUUGGACAAGCGCACGGCCUCCUGCAUUUCGGCAGACAGGGGAUCGGACGCUUCCGCCGUGUCGGCGGCACAAGCAGCAGCAGGACCAGCGACGGGGAAUGCAUCGGGAACCGCACGUCGGAACCGAGAUUUAGCGACCUCGGUAACCUUUGCCACGUCCUCCGCGGAGACACGCUGCAGCACUGCGACGUCCUUAGCUUUCCGGGCCUCCAGCUUGUCUACAAUACGCCGCGCCUCCUGCGGGUCUUUCAGCUGCGACACCGGCCGCAUAGAACGCCCCUCCUCACGGAGGACGGACUCGGCCCGCACAGCAGUCGCGUGGCCCUCGCCGCGGACCUCCCAGACCCGGCGCUCGGCCGCCUCCCUCUCCGCGCGGCGCUGGCGAGCCCGCUCGUCCGCACGCCGGAAGAUCCUCUCCCGCUCUCCCCGCACGACGUUGGCAUCGAUCACGAGCUGCCGUCCUUGGGCCUCUAG